GUGUUAUUAAACGUACUUUUAUAAUUCCACAAUGAAUCUUCUUUUGGAGAAGCAUUCAAAUAAAAAUUACAAGCAAGAUAUAGAAUACGUUACCAAACAAACAAACUUUCUUCUACGAAUACUCGGCAUUUGGCCUCUACUUGACAGAGACCUGUCUGUCGUCGAAAUAGCCUGUAAGAUUCUUCUGAUAAUCAUUUGCUGUAUUCUCGUUUGCUUCGAAAGCAUUCCCAGUAUGUUAUAUUGCAUAUUCGUGACCGUGGAAGAACCGCGUAUGAAAUUGAUGAUGAUCGCUCCUACGAUCUAUUCGUUUACCUCUCUUACUAAGUACGGCGCUCUAAUUGUCUACGAAAACGAGAUCAGAAAAUGCUUCAGGCACAUAAAAGACGAUUGGAAGUUCAUCGCGAUGUCGGGCGCGAGGGAUAUCAUGAUGGAGAAGGUGAAGACUGCCAGAAGCAUGUUCACUAUCUGCUGUACCUGCCUGUACACCGCCGCUCUCUCUUAUCACACGAUCGUGCCAUUAACGCGGGGAAAAGUUAUUACCAGUAAUAACGUAACGAUCAGACCGUUGGCCUACGCGGGAUAUUUCGUCCUCUUCGACGAACAGCGUAGUCCAGCUUACGAGAUCGUGUUUACGCUACAGUUCUUCGGCGGAUUCGUCAUGUAUUCCGUCACGAUCGUGACGUACGGACUCGCUGCUCUUCUCGUCAUGCACGCGUGUGCGCAGAUGAAAAUUUUGAUGAUGUUAAUGGAAGAGCUUGUCGACGAGCGAGCGUGCAAAGAGAAAAAUACGGACGAAAAGUUAGUGGCGGUGGUCGAACGUCAGAUAAGGAUACGAAAUUUCCUGUGUCUGGUGGAAGACACGCUGCAAAUAAGUAACUUGUUUGAAAUAUUAGCAAAUACAACAAUGAUGUGUUUCAUGGGAUACUGUAUCUUGACGGAGUGGCAAGACGGAAAUACCGCGAAUGCGUAUACAUUUGUCGUUGCUCUAGCUUCCGACAUAGUUAAUAUCUUUCUUCUUUGCUACAUCGGCGAAUAUAUUAUUGAUACAGCGGACAAAGUAGCUUGGAAAACAAAUAUGUUAGAAUGGUAUCGUCUUCCAACCGAGAGAACACGCGAUAUGGUGCUAGUAAUACUUGUAUCGCAUAUGCCGUCGAAGCUUACGGUGGGAAAAUUCAUCGUCCUUUCUUUAAAGACAUUCGGCGACGUGAUGAAAUCAGCCGUCGUGUACUUCAAUAUACUUCGCACGGUUACGGAAUAAACAACGAUGAUGAUCAUGGAAACAAAAAUACAGUUUGUUAAUAAUGCAAGUAUUAGGAAAUGCAGUAAGUAUAACUAUGUACGAGUAUGUAAGUCGUAUAGAAGAACGUGUGCUAUAAAAAAUGAUAAAGUUCUCACAAAUAUUAUAAUAUAUUUAUUUAUGAAAUAUUUAAUUGUGUGCCUUUUGAAACAAAAUAACAUACUUUGCAAGAAAAAA